AUGGUCAACCGACAGCAGGAUGCUGAUCAAAUCGUCGAUCAACACCGACAAGAAGACUUGGCGGUGGAAAAUAAUUUGACAACUAUUGUCGAAAGGAUUAUGGCUAGAAAUGGCAUGGGUGCCACGUUACAAAGGCCAUUAUACAUAUCCCCAGUAAAAAACUUCCAUUCCUCUCUGACCAAGGCGGCCUUCACAUGGUUUACGUCGUUGGUCCCAAGUUCCAUCGACUCAUGGGCCAAACUAGAAAAGAAGUUCCAUGAACAGUUUUACGAAGGACACCCCAAAAUUAGUUUGGCGGAAUUGUCUAGUAUUAAGAGAAGGUUCGCUGAGAGCAUAUAUGAUUAUCUGAAUCGUUUUAGGUCUUUAAAGGCUAGGUGUUUCACACAAGUGCCAGAACAUGAACUAGUUCAAAUAGCCGCAGGAGGAUUAGAUUAUUCCAUUAGGAAGAAAAUAGAUCCAACUUUUGUGAAAAGUAUGUCACAACUGGCUGACAGAGUCCGACAUCUAGAACAAUUGAGGUUAGAAAAAAUUAGGCACAAUAAGUCUAAGAAAGAAAAGGUAGCGUUUGUCGAAUAUGACCCGACAGACCCAAUACAUGAGGCAGAUUAUGCUUCAUCGACUGAAUUAGAAAUCGAUGUGGAUGAACUAAAGCCAGGGGCCGCCUAUGAGUGUCGCUCAUUGUUGCUUGCGCAAGGCAAGAAUCCUGUCGAAAACAACCCAAAAUUCCCUUCAAAAACUUUCACUUUCGACGUGUCGAAGUGUGAGGAAAUUUUUGACUUAUUAGUCAAAUAUGGGCAGAUGGUGGUGCCGCCUGCGAUUCAAGAAGGCAGGCUGAAAUUUGUUGGCCGCAGGAUGAAGAUCGACACUGAUCCUCUUCACCAGGAGGAAGCCCUGUUCGUGGAACCAGUCGAGAUCAACAUGGUCGAGAUCAGCGAAUAUGAUGAGGCCAACAUACUGGAACAAGUUGGGGAAAGCCCAAAUGUCGAUAUAGCUUAA